GAGAGAAUCCUCCGAUGCCGCCGGGUGACUUCACGCAGAGCAGUUUGACCUCGCUGUUGGAGAGCCAAGAGGAGUUCAGAGGCAUUUUGUCUGAGAUUUGUUGCAAGCUGGAGAUGCUGCAGCGGACUUUGGAAAUGAAACCUGAGAAGCUGCGGGCACGGUGUCCGGGCACUGGAAGCUCCGAGGUCAAGAAGCAUCUCAGUGUCAAGAGCCCCAGCGAAGAACCUGCGUUCAAUCUCCCCGUGAAGAAAGCGGCAGCGAGUGUCUCAAGCAUGAGCAUGGACAUGUUUUCCUUGAGCUCGAAGCACAACGCACAGCUCUUGUCGAAGAAGAAGUCCUUCAGUGUGGCCAACAUCACGGUGGAGCAACCCAGGAAGGCAGCCCUCAAGCGCUAUGGCUCGUGCAUUGAGCAAAAGGAGCGGAGAUUAUCACAGGCCUCGGUGAAGAUCAUCGCGCCGGAGUCCGCAGAGAAUUCUCUGUCACUGCCCGGCGCGCUGGGUGAGGGGUUGGAGAAGUCGGACAGUGAGAAGUCGGUGGAUUCCAUCCUCGCCGAG